AUGGUGGCAUUCAAUGGUGUUAUCGGUUAUGCGAAAGGGGAAAAGAAACGUAAACAACGGAUAACUUCCUGGAUGAAUUCUAUCAAAUAUACCCAACAAACAAGCAGGAAUAUAUCAAUUCUCUAUGUUAGUGUGUUUAAAGAGAAGAUCAAAGACAUCAACUGGGAUGAGUUUUUCUUGAUCCGACCUCAGCCCGAGCACCUUGACGACUUUGAUUGGAAAUUUGAGCUGGCCAAACUACAGGAAAAUCUCCAUGAAUUGGUCGAUCGAUGUAUCUAUGUAAUUCUGAACAAAAUCGAUAUUUCAUUCAUCAACGCUUCGACCACAUUGACGACAAUUAUUUCAAUCAUUGCUCAGAAGAUUUCAUUGAAUUCGGAGGGGUUUUCGCUGAUCUUUUCGGAUGAUUCAAAGAAUAAAUUACCGGCGGUGAUGCGAAGAUACGCCACAACGAUCGCCCAUUCACAGUACAAAUCGCUAAAAAUUUGCUCGUGGAAUGCGAUUUUGAAGAUAGCCACAGCUUGCCCAGAUGUCUCAGGGAACUCAUUACUUGAAUAUGUCUGCUGUCAAGAUAUUCUCGAAGCUAUUUUGAUUCAAUUCAUCCCUGGAAAAACGAGGAAUCCAUUUGCUUCGAGAGCUUUGCGGCUGUUUUCGGUGUUGCUGUGUCAUUUUGAUGGAAGUAUUCAUCUUUUGCUGCAAUUCGCUCUCUUUGAAGAUCAAAAGAUAUUGAUGGGCUUCAGCGAAGAAUUCCGUCAUUAUGUUGCCCAAAUGAAUUCGAAUUUCAUCGAGCGACAUGGAAAUUGUCUGGCAGAUCAAUCGGUUGUCGAAUUUUUGAGCAAUAAGCUCUCCGAUCUCUUUUCAUCGACGGGUAACGAAGUAAGAGUCGACAUUCUCGAUUUGGUCUACCUCUAUCUUUUUCAUUCGACAAUCACCACCAACAAGAAUUUAUUGGCUGCUGUUUUUGCUAUCCCUCCCCAUGCACACGAGCAUCACAGCAACACUCCUCCAUCAAGCAUCAUCAGUCUAUUCAUCACGUUCUGCUCGUUUGCACUGUUGGAUAUGAAAAGUGAUACUGCUCGUUUGCGUGCCAAGCUUUGCUUUCUCACAUUGCUUCGUCUCACUGAUGACUCGUACGCGUUGAAUGAAAUGCAUCACACCGGUCGCUCGGAGCCGAUACCGAUCUUUCGACCCGAUUUGCUACAUCGAAAAGCCGCACUCGAUUUAAACCCGCAGCCCACCACCUCAGCCUCAACUUUGCUCGAUCUUCAAACAGAAUUCAUCAUGGCCAACCUUAAGCUUUCUGUGCCAUUGGAAUUUUUCGAUUUCUCUCUUGGCAUCAUUCAUCGAAUCUUAGCUUUUGGUAAAGAAAAGGAGAAGCGAUUGGAUAAAUGGAAACCGCUGUUUUCUGCCUUGAUAAACUUGCUGAAGUUUUUGAUCAUCAAUGAGCAAAAAUUGCCGUUCGUCGAUCCGUUAGUGUUGCGCUUGGUGAUGUUGGUGAAUUUCUUCAUCACCUAUGGAGAUCUCUUUUUGCCGGAUGGUGAUGCGUAUGAAAAUGUUUACUACGAGAUCAUCCGACAACAAACGAUUUUUCUGAAACUGAAAACAACAUUGGCUUCUUCACCGAAAAACGAUGUCACAGAGAAAACGCAAAUGCAUUUGAAUAACAUUUUGAACAUCAUUGAAACAGUGCAACCAACCUUGGACCGUUUUGACGAUUAUCCAUCAGAGGAAGAGGUAUUCACCGUAAUCCAAGACUCUUUCGAUCACCUUGCUUUACGAGUUUUCCCCACUUUAACAAUGGUUGAUCGCUAUGAGGCCUCGAUUCAUCAAAGGACAUUCUUCGAGAUACUAUCGGUCAAGAUAGCUGGCCGGGUGCGAGAAGUUGUAGAUGAUGAGGUACUCGACUACUCAAAAUUUCUUCAAGAACUAUCCCAAUCCAAA